GACAGAUCCGCUUGAACUGAUUUGUCGAAUCCAAUGUACAGUAUUUUGUGUUCAUAUUUAUACGUGGAAACAAAUUUACAAAUUUACAUCACAGUUAACAUAAUUAAUCAGAUUAAGCUUAAUCAGUUGAUAAAGACGUGGUUCUGUGUAUUUUCCUGUAUAUUUUCCACACAAGGAUUUAUACCAAGUUAGUGUCCAAGUAAUGCAAGGCAGUUCACAGUUCAUAGUACAUGUCAAUUUACUUCAUGAACACUAUAUCCAAAAGCUCCCUGCUUACAGUGAUCGUAAUGUAAUAAUAAAGUAGUUUAACAGAUGGUAUACAUUGUACUUUAUUGAAACUGUCAAAUGAUCUCCGGGAUAUGAAUCUGCAAUUCUAUUUCUGCUAUAUUAUAGGUAAAACUAUAAUAAUUGUUUCCUGCUGCUCUAAAAGGAGAAAAAAGGACACAAGAAAUUAUAUUAUUCAUAAUAUUUGUUUAAAGUUAUGAGAAUGUCUUUUUGCACGCUCAUAAAUAAUAUAAUCCACUUGAGCCUGUGCUGUAGCAAAGCAGUUUAACCUAUUAAGCUCAAAUCAAAGUGAAAUGUAGGGAAACCCUGCAUCACCUGUGAAGAUAAAGCUACAGAAGAGUCUGUUUGAAUGAGGGACUGAGAGUCAGAGCUCAAAACUGACCAGCGGGGAAAACAAAGCUCUCAUGGGUUUUCUCAGGUGAAUCAUAUUAGUCUAUUUUCUGUGUGAAGCAUUAGUUACCAACUGUGUUUUCUAUUUGUUAGCAUGAUGCAGAGGUGCCGGCAACCUCUCCUGCUGCUGUGUGUUACUGCAGUGGUGGUCUUGAAUAUCCUGGGAGAAGUUGCACAGGCUGCUGGAGAGGAUGCUCCGGAUGUGAAGAACUUGAGCAGCAAGGCUCUGCAGGUCAUUCCCAGUAAUGACAACAGCUCCAACGUUACUAAACUGCUGGUCCAGGAGAACCAGAUUACCCUGAAUGAGACCGACCGAGUAGCCCUGUCCUCUUAUCCCACACUGGCAGAACUCCACUUGGAUGGUAACCUGGUGACUGCUGUACCAGCCAAGUACUUCUCAGUGGUUCCACACCUCAGAGUGCUAUCUCUUACCAGGAACAAUAUCAGAUGCCUGGAUCCUGAGGCUUUCGUUGACCUGGAUGUCCUGUCAGAGCUGGACGUGUCCAACAAUCGGCUGACAAGCCUCCCCACACAACUACUCAGCGGGAAAAACAACCUUCAGAAGCUGAACCUGCAGGGAAACCCCUGGAAUUGUUCCUGUCCACUGCUGAGCAUCAUUGGGGAGAUCACAGCAGCAAACAUUACCAUUGGGCCACCUGGAGUCACCUGUGCUUCUCCAGAAAAACAGGCUGGAAAAGAUCUUUUAGAGGCUGCAGCUGUGUGUUACCCAUCAUCAUCACUCGCGAUUACUACUGACCAACAAAAAUCAACAACACCGGUCACCUCUCACCAGUCCGAGGCUUCAACCACUACACCAACGAUCACACUGUCAUCCAGCCAGAACCACAGCUUAAACCAUGACCAGACACCGGUGCUCGGCAACACAUGGAAGUUCACAGCAUGUGUCGUAGCCCUGGCGCUGACAACCUCAAUGCUCAUUGUAUGUGCCAUCAAGGGGCCUUCCUGGUACAAGCUCUUCCACAACUACCGUCAUCGGCGGCUACACCCACAGGAGGAUGACGACGACCACUUUGCCUCAACGGUGUUCUCGGAGAUCGGAAGAUACAACAACCAUCAGACCUUCACCUUUGAGAGACAGAACGGGCGAGGACAGGAGGAGGAGGACGAGGAUGGGUAUUUCGAGGAUCCAUACAUCAAGAGGGAAGAGUGACAUGCUGAACAGGGGGAUUUGUCAGAACCAUGAAGGAACACAGAGCCGCUUUAGGGCCCGGUCACACAUACACGAAUGUAGCAGUGGUGAACCUUCACUUCCCAUUCACUUCCUAUCUGUGCCAGCAGGGGGGGGCGAAUAAAACAAUUACUUACUGUGACGCAGCAAAUCGCAGUAUGGUUUUGCAAGCAGUUCAACUUUGGUGAACAUUUACCCGCAAUAUUAGCUUCGGAUUCACGUAUUUGUGACUGUGCCCUAAGUUACCAAAGGAGCCAGUCACCUUCUUACACAGAUGGGUGUUUAAAACGUCAGGAUUUUUUUUUUUUUUAGAUGUCAUAUCGAAAGCAAAUUAGAUACAAUUAUUUCACUUACUUAUUUAUUGGCACUGCUAAAUACUAUCAGUCAGACAGUCACUGUCUCUUAGCGUGAGUUUGUUGUUCUGGUGGUGAUCCAAGCCAUUACUGCUUUUUGUAUCGUUUUUAUGUUACUCUGUGACAUCACAAAGAUAAUGCAAAAACAUACAGACGUGAACAUUAAAGCUCUUUCUAAC